AAAAUCCGCCGGCUGUUCAAUAAUCGUACCAUUUCAGUUUGUGUAGUCAUACGGUCAGGACGUGCCCAGUCGCUAAACGAAGAGAGAGAGAAGAAAAAAAAAACAAAACGUAAACAAAUCAACCGAUAUCCUUCAAUCCUACGCACAACGCAACGGAACAAACAACAGAAAAAAACACACAAACUUAAAACUUACUGAUAAAACAACUGGUUCUAGUGAAAAGUAUACCGCGUGUGAUAAUUUUGCAACAGACCCGAUUUUUGUCCGUGUCUUUGAUUGUGGUACCCACAACAAGUGCUUUGCAAACAAAAAACAAAAAACCUGAAGUGCUCGAGUAUUAUUUAUUUUUAAACUUAGCAGUUUUUCGUGUAUAAAAAACCAAAUCCAUCAUGUGCGACGAAGAGGUUGCUGCCCUGGUUGUGGACAAUGGAUCCGGUAUGUGCAAGGCCGGUUUCGCUGGGGAUGAUGCACCACGUGCCGUCUUCCCGUCGAUCGUGGGACGCCCCCGUCAUCAGGGCGUCAUGGUCGGAAUGGGCCAGAAAGAUUCGUACGUUGGCGACGAGGCCCAGAGCAAACGUGGUAUUCUGACUUUGAAAUACCCGAUUGAGCACGGUAUCGUCACCAACUGGGACGAUAUGGAGAAAAUCUGGCACCACACGUUCUACAACGAGCUGCGUGUGGCUCCCGAGGAACACCCGGUGCUGCUGACGGAGGCACCAUUAAACCCAAAAGCCAAUCGCGAGAAGAUGACUCAGAUUAUGUUCGAAACAUUCAACACGCCCGCGAUGUACGUCGCCAUCCAGGCCGUACUGUCACUGUAUGCAUCCGGUCGUACGACGGGUAUUGUGUUGGAUUCCGGUGAUGGCGUCUCGCACACGGUCCCGAUUUAUGAAGGAUACGCACUGCCCCACGCCAUUUUGCGUCUCGAUCUGGCUGGCCGUGAUUUGACCGAUUACUUGAUGAAGAUCCUUACGGAGCGCGGCUAUUCUUUCACCACCACAGCCGAACGUGAAAUCGUUCGCGACAUCAAGGAGAAGCUGUGCUACGUCGCGUUGGACUUCGAGCAGGAGAUGGCCACGGCUGCAUCUUCCAGUUCCUUGGAAAAGAGUUACGAGUUGCCCGAUGGACAGGUCAUCACCAUCGGUAAUGAACGAUUCCGUUGCCCAGAGGCUCUAUUCCAGCCCUCGUUCCUGGGUAUGGAGGCAUGCGGAAUUCACGAAACCACUUACAACUCGAUCAUGAAGUGCGAUGUGGACAUCCGUAAGGAUCUGUAUGCAAACACGGUCUUGUCCGGUGGUACCACCAUGUACCCGGGUAUUGCUGACCGCAUGCAAAAGGAAAUUACGGCACUGGCACCAUCUACAAUGAAGAUUAAGAUCAUUGCUCCUCCGGAGCGCAAAUACUCUGUGUGGAUCGGUGGAUCCAUCCUUGCGUCGCUCUCCACAUUCCAACAGAUGUGGAUCUCGAAGCAGGAGUAUGAUGAAUCCGGUCCAUCCAUCGUGCACCGAAAGUGCUUCUAAGCACCGCGGUUUGGCACUGUUCCCGGCCCCGCAUCGUUACCGCCGUCGAGCUUAGCUGCAAUCGGAUUUCCGACCGUUGGAUCACCAUCACCAACAGCAGUGGAAGCAGAUAAACACCAUCAAUUUUUGCUGCGCCUGCGGUAGCGACAUUUUUUUUUUCACUAAAAAUACGUUAUACAUUCACAGCAUUUUUACAGCUUUAUGUAUGUUUCACUAAUAUUCAGUUAGGGACGCGACACUAUCACCCCAUCACUUCCAGCAACAGAAAAGAGAAACGGAAAAGAGAGAGACAUAUGAUAGGAAAGAGAGCGUAAUAGGAUUUUUUUUUUGAUAGCCACACCUGCCACGCUCCCAGGCACAUAACAUCGUUCCGCCACGCCAUCUCAUUCCCGCGACUGUUCGAUGCAUAAUUCGUCCAGUCCUGCAUCUGGCGUUCGAUUACAAUCAGGACGAAUAACGUACUCGGCUACAUCUGCGCAACUGUAGGCAUUGGCUUGAGUAUAGGAAUGUACUGGGUGGUAAUACAACUAGGAACAAAGGGUUAUGAAAAAUUUAAGUGAGACAGUCCUGUGGACAGCCGCAAUAACAUGCAGUAUCUCUUUCUAUUUCCUUUUCGAUCUCGUGACUGCUGCGUAAGCUGGCUCUAGCUCUCGGGUGCUUUCAAGAAUAUUGUUUGUAUCAAGAGCCAAUAAAUUUUGAGUCGUACGAAUAAUGGAAGAAUACACCUACCUAUUAUAAAGAAAAACAAAUUCGAAAUCAAUUAUUUAUUUCCGUUAGUAAA